AUGGUGUCGCGCGUCGUGCCCCGGGCCCUCCUGCGGGCCGCCGCCGCCGCCGAUGAGUCGUCCGACACGGUGCCCAUCGUCGUCGGUUCCGUCGCCGGCGCAUUGAUCCUUCUCGCCCUCGCGACCACCGUGUAUCUCUGCAGCAAAAGGCGGUGUCACCGCGCCAAGUCGACAUUGGUGGACAGCACGUGUGACGAUGCCAGCCACUACGAGCUCUCGGCCGAUGUCGACGUGAGCGAGAAUCUCGAGUGGGGCCUUCUCCAGCGCCUCGACGCGGCCGACGUCCAAACGACGCGCCAGCUUGCGACCGGCGUCUACUACAACGUCUGGGAAGGCGCGUACGACGGCGCGACCGUGUUUGUCAAAGCGCUCGUGCCCAAGCGCCAGACGCUGACGCAUAUGCAGUGCUUCCUCGACACACUCAACGUCGCCAGCGCCUGCGUGCACCCGUGCAUUUUGGGCGUGCUCGGCGCAGCGUGGUCACAGCCGCUCGUGGCGCGCAGCAGGAGCACGCUUGUCGGCGUCUUGGAGCACAUGGACCUCGGCUCGAUGCGGACCGUGCUCAUGGCGUCCAACAUGUACAACUUGGCGUGGCACGACAAGCUGUCGUGCAUCCUCGACAUGGCGUCAGCACUCGCCUAUCUCCAUAGCCGGUGCGUCAUUCACGGCGCGUUCAAUACGAAAAACAUCAUUCUCGACUCGACCAAGCGCGCCAAGCUCGCCAACGUCGGGCUCUCGCGGGUCGAAAUUCUCUCGGGCAUCGCGCCCGGCGUCUGGUGGGUCGCGCCCGAGAUGCUCACGGCCGGCCAGUCGUCGCCCGCGAUCGACGUCUAUGCCUUUGGCCGCGUCCUCGUCGAAUUGGACACGCACCGCCGGCCGUCGCGCCACUUGACACUGACCAACGAGACGAUCCAGCACAUCGUCACCGAAGAGUCGACGUCGCCGCGCUUUACAAGCAUGUGCCCCGACUGGAUCCAAGAUUUAGCGCUGCUCUGCAUUGCGCGCAAGCCGGAGGCGCGCCCGUCGGCGGCCACGAUCCUCGCCGUCGUCCGCUCCCAGCUUGACAUGAUGUGAGUGCAGCUGGUAGUAUUAGCUGUUGUAAACCUUAUUGAACGUGUAAUGUGGUCGAAUGUG